GGCUGGCAUUCAGAAUGUGUUUGAACUACAUUCAUAACGACGUGUGUGCAGAUUGUAAUUGGUAGUAAGCGCUCAGCCCUCUGUGAGGCGUUCACAGGCUGGGGGGUGUGUGUACAGUAAAUGCAGCAGAAACACAGCGAUGUAAAUGGCGGAGAACGUGCAGCCAGGACAGCUCAGAGAACAGGCUCUUCCCCAAGCUGGUACCUUCUGAGCCACUGCAUUUGGGGAAACUGAGUGGAAACACUCACUGGACAAUGCAUUGCACCCAGCAUGGCGCACACAUCUAUAACCAAGAAAACGACAGAUUCAAGGAGAAAGGAACAGAUAUCAUUUUCAAGUCUUCUUCAGAAUCAGUUUGCCCAUUGGAUGUCAGACUUACCAGAAAAGCUAUGGGACGAGUCACUGUGCAAUCUGGCGAUUCCAGGAAGCCAUGACUCGAUGACCUAUUGCUUAGACUUAAACUCUCCGAUCAAACCUUCAGAUAAGAUUUUAAACUAUUUGGAUCAUGUAAUUCCCUGUAUAAUUCGACCAGAGAUAUAUAAAUGGUGUAGGACACAGGAAUCCAGUAUAACUGAACAACUGGAAGCAGGUAUUCGGUUCUUUGAUUUAAGGAUUGCUCGUAAACCAAAUGAUACUUCAGAUCAUUUAUACUUUGUACAUGGGAUCUUUACAACUGUAACUGUCCUGGAGGCUUUGAAGGAGCUUGGACUUUGGUUAAAAGCUCAUCCUAAGGAAGUGGUUAUAUUGGCCUGCAGAUUCUUCGAUGGGAUGAAUGAGCAACAACAUCAUGAGUUAAUUCAGGAAAUAAAGAACUUAUUUGAGUCCAAAAUAUAUCCAAAAACCUCUUCUGAACCAGUAACACUCAGAAGACUUUGGGAGUUGGGUUGCCAAGUCAUCAUCUCCUAUGAUGACAAUAUUGCAAAACAAUAUCCGGAACUUUGGCCUGGAAUCCCUUAUUGGUGGGCAGACACAUAUGAUCCUAAAUUGCUAGUCCAAUAUCUAGAAAAUCAGAAACAGGCUGGACGACCAGAUGGAUUUUUUGUUGCUGGCAUAAACCUGACUGAAGAUUGGUGGUACAUCCUGACUCAUCUCCACAGCUCUUUGAAGAGACUGACUCUACCUAAUUAUGCAUAUUUGAGUGACUGGAUUAAGAAGCAGGUCGCAGGACCCGGAAAGCACUGUUUUAAUAUAAUUGCUGGAGAUUUCAUAGGAGCUGGCUACCUGGUACCUGCUGUACUUUCUCUCAAUAACAUUGAUGUAAAAAUUGGCAGGUUUUACUGAAAAAACAAAGGAAGGUAUUUUUAUGAGAAAAUUGUUAGAUGUCAUCUUGACCUGGUUAACUCUGUGCUGGAAUUUGAGGUGGUGAUGGUGGCAUCGUUUGGCUGUGUCACCCUGUAGCCAAAUAAUGGCUUGAGGGGAGAGCUGCCAGAUAAUCAAAUGAGUGUGGGACUACAGGCAGCCAGCUGAUCACCCCCCCGAAAGAUGGACUUACCUUCAAAGUUGUAAACACCCUGGUGAAGGGUGUUGAAAAUGGAGCCAGAUUUAUUGAGGGGGGUGGGGAGUUGUAUGUAGAACUAUUUUCAGUGGGUGUGGGUGUCCUUU